CAGAGGAAUAAGCAAAGAAAAGUAAUUUUCACCAAAAAUUUUUCAUACUCCGGAUACAAAAGCUCAGAAAAAAUUGUAUAUUAUUGGUUAAAAAUUGCAAGAAAUCUUAAAAUUGUUUAUAAAAAUGAAAUAUGGAUAGUAAUAAAGAAAUUGUUGAGAAAAUAGUGACCCCAGAGCUAUAUUUUUUAAUUUCCAAGUUCUUGUCCGCGGGUCCUCUCAAAGAAACUGCAAAGGUCUUAAUAAAGGAACUGGAAAGUAAAAAGGUUUUGCCGAAGCGUACAGACUGGUUGGGAAAUGAACAUGAUCAAUCUUUGGCCGAGUUGGAAAGAAAAUAUACCCACAUUGGGCCAAACCAUUUAUUGGAUAUAUGCUGUCGAAUUGGACCAAUCUUAGACAAUGAAUUGAGUCCCAGUGUUCCUGGACUAAUAUCAUUAUUGGGUGCAGGGCGUCAGAACCUUUUGCGAACCAAAGAUAGUAUAUUCAAGUCCAGGUCCUUACUGGAUUAUUGUACUCGUCUUCAUGGUGUAUCACUGCCAGAUUCUGCAGUCACAAAACCCAUACAUAACUUUCAAAAAGUUCUAAUUGGACGCGAAUACGGAGGCCCGGUUCGUCGAAAACUCUUAGUGCCUACAAGUCUAUAUGGCAAAACAAAGCUACUGCGUCGCACUGUGGGUCAUUUGUCGUCAGUGUAUUGUGUUUUAUUUGAUCGCACUGGACACUAUAUUAUAACAGGAGCUGAUGACCUUCUGAUAAAAAUAUGGUCCGCCAUGGAUGGGCGAUUAUUGGCUACUCUUCGUGGAGCUUCAGCAGAAAUAACUGAUAUUGCGAUCAAUUUGGAUAAUACUAUGUUGGCAGCUGGGUCUGUAGAUAGAAUUUUGCGUGUAUGGGACUUGCAGACCACAUCUCCAAUAGCUGUGCUUUCUGCACAUACUGGCAUGAUAACAUCCGUAAAUUUUUGUCCUUCACCUAGGAAUGAUUUGAAAUAUUUAGUAACAACUAGUAACGAUGGCUCUAUUGCGUUUUGGCAAUAUUCAACGCCAAGAGGGCAAAAAAUUACAUUUGCACCAAAACCCAUACAAUAUCAUGAAAAACUACGACCGGGACAGGCUCAAAUGAUGUGUACAUCAUUUUCACCAGGCGGUAUAUUUUUAGCAGCUGGCUCAGCUGAUCAUCACAUUCGAGUUUAUUUAAUGUCUGAAGAUGGCCCUAAACGAAUACUGGAAACAGAAGCAUACACGGAUGCUGUAGACUCAGUGCAAUGGUCUCAUCGAGGCUUGCGAUUCAUAUCAGGCAGCAAAGAUGGUACUGCUCAUAUCUGGACAUUUGAAUCCCAGCAAUGGAAAAGUGUAAAACUAUGCAUGACCGAAAGGCUCCCAAGUUGUCCUGAACCAGAGGAAGGCAAAAAAUUAAAAGUAACGAUGGUUGCUUGGGAUUGUUCUGAUAAAUAUGUUAUUACAGCAGCUAAUGAUUUUACGAUAAAAAUAUGGAAUGCAAAAACAGCCAAGUUGCAUUGUGUUCUACGUGGUCAUAAAGAUGAACUUUUUGUUUUGGAAUCUAAUCCGAAAAAUGAACACAUUUUGCUUUCUGCCGGACACGAUGGCCAAGUCUUUUUAUGGGAUAUUGAGAAGGGAGAAUCAGUUGCACAUUUCGUAAACAAUAUCGAUGGACAAGGGCAUGGUGGAGUAUUUGAUGCAAAAUGGUCGCCAGACGGCACAAUGAUUGCUGCCACAGAUUCUCAUGGUCACAUAUUGAUCUUUGGCCUUGGGGUAACAGCUGAUAGAUAUAAAACUCUUCCGAAUGAAUUAUUCUUCCACACGGAUUACAGACCGUUAUUGAGAGAUGCAUCUCAUCAUGUUAUUGAUGAACAAACUCAAGUUAUGCCGCAUUUGAUGCCUCCGCCAUUUUUGGUCGAUUCGGAUGGUAACCCUCAUCCACUUAGAUUUCAGCGCUAUGUUCCGGGAAGAGAAAAUUGUUCCACAGAACAGUUAAUACCGAAUCUCACAAUGGCCGUUGAAGGUGUUGUUGUCGAAGACAAUAAUUAUUCAAAUAUAGAUCGUUUAAUAGCAGCUUUGGCAAACCGGCAAGGUGGUGGUGUUGGAGGAGUAGGUGGAGGGGGUAAUCAAAAUAGUUCUCCAACAGGUAGAGCAAGUCAUUCUCAAUUGGAUCGUAUGAUUGAAGCUUUAGCUAACCGCCAAGGUCGUGAUCAGGCACCAGAUUCUAAUAAUCGUCCUUCAGGAAGUCGCAAUUCAAACAACGGCAAUGUUCUUGGAAACGGCCCGACUACUUCUCGAAACAUUUCAUUGGAUAGAAGAUUGUCGGAACAAUCAAAUCAUCAGCCUCGGCAAGGUACAACAUGGGGUAGAGCUCCAACGGAACAGGAUCAGUCUUCCCCGACAACUCAAUUGAAAUACGUGCGUCGCAUAUAUGUUCGUCCAAUGAAGUAUGCUCAGCUGCAAACUCUUAAAACAACGGUAUAUACAGCAGGACAAUAUGAAAUGCAAGAUUAUAGACGAGAAAUGCGACGACGCCCAAUUAUGAUAAGUACCGCAAGCAUUGUUACUUCUCAAUCUGGAUCGGGGAGAAAUAGGAAUGGUCGUACAAAUGGUACAGGUCGUGUGGGGAGAAGACGCAGUGGCCGUCCAGCUGGACAACAGCAACCGCAACCGGCAUACCGCACACGAGCAGUACGAGACCAAGAAGAAAUUGAAGAACCGCCGCCACCAGAUGUGAUAGAAGAAGACGAAGAAAGUAGUAACUCAUCUGGCGACACUAGUUACUCAAAUGUGGAAGAAAAUCUGGAAGAAUCUUCAGACGACUCUGAUACCGACUCCUCCGAUUAUUCUGAUUGGGUUGCUGAUACACCAGGACCAAACUUGGAGCCGCCUAAGCGUUCUAAAAGAAAGCCACUGUCUCGUCGUCGUACAGUUAGUGAAGACAGCAGUGACGAUACAACCGAACAUCCAACUACGUCAGCUAAAUCUGGAAGAAAAAACAAAAAAGUUCUUAUACCGCCGACAGCCCCUAACGGUGAAAUUCCAGAAGUAUAUCGUCCAGCAGAAUGGCUUUCUGAAGUUAUUCCACGUAAGGCUCCAUACUAUCCGCAAAUGGGCGACGAAGUAGUAUACUUCAGACAGGGCCACCAUCGUUACAUCCAGGCGGUGCGUUUUAAAAAAGUAUACAAAGUGUCGCACAGUUCCGAACCAUGGAGUUUUCGCCAUUUAAGAGAUCGUGAACUAGUACGUGUAAUAGGUAUAAAAUAUGAAAUUAGACCACCAAGGUUGUGCUGCCUCAAAUUAGCGAUCAUCGAUGAAGAUGGCAAUAUGACGGGUACUACUUUUAAGAUAAAAUAUCACGACAUGCCAGAUGUGUUAGAUUUUUUGGUCCUCAGGCAAACAUACGAUUUAGCAGUUCAAAGAAAUUGGACAAUUGGAGACCGUUUCCGUUGUAUGAUUGGUGAUGGAUGGUGGAUGGGGCAGAUCGAAUCGAGACAUGCCUUAUCCGCAGAAUUUCCUGAUUCUCCAUUUAUGUGUUACCGAGUGCGUUGGGAUAACGGUGAAUAUGAAUAUAUGAGUACAUGGGACAUGGAACCCAUUGACGAAAAUCGCUUACCUGACGAAGUUGGCGGAGCAGUACCGGUUUUACAAGAAGAGAUUCGUGCAACUCUGUACCAACCUAAGUCUGAAGAAUGGCAUCGCGGUGACCGUGAUGGAUCAUGUCGUCGAAUCAUUAAUGGAUUUGAACAGGUUAUGCGUUUGUCAAUAGCUGAGCAUUUCUUAGCGCCCGUCGAUUUGAAUAUUUAUCCUGAUUAUGCGUAUUUAAUUGAAUAUCCCAUUGAUCUAACAACAAUAAAAUCAAGAUUUGAAAAUCAUUUCUACCGCCGCAUCACCUCCGCCCAAUUUGAUGUACGCUAUUUAGCCACAAAUGCCGAAAAAUAUAAUAGAAGACAUACGAAUAUUGUAAAACAUGCUCGUAUUAUAACAGAUCUCUGUUUGCGCAUUAUAAGAGAGCAAAAUGAUAUUGAUGUGGCUGCAGUUUAUCAUCAAUUAGUCGAUGUUUAUCACUCAUCUGAAUCUGAAAAUGAUAACGAAUCAGAUGUUGUUCCCUCAACAAGUACAGGACCGUCAACAUCAGCGGCAGCAGCAAGGGCCAGACAAAGCAUGUCCUCAACAAGAAGAUCUAAUCGAAACCGAUCCGAAAGUGAUUGGCGUGUCGAAUGUCGCCAAUUGUUGGAAUUAAUGUGGUCGCGUCCAGAUUCAUUACCGUUUCGUGAACCCGUUGAUACCAUAGAAUUUCCAGAUUAUCUAGAAAUAAUUGCAACACCAAUGGAUUUGCGUACGGUCAAAGAAGAUCUGCUUGGUGGAAAUUAUGAAGAUCCAUUAGAUUUUGCGAAAGAUGUUCGCUUGAUUUUUCAAAAUUCUAAAAAUUAUAACACCAACAAACGCUCACGAAUUUAUUCUAUGACUUUACGAUUAAGUGCUCUGUUCGAGUCGCAAAUAAAGAAAGUAAUUAGCAAUUGGAAGUCGGCGAGAAGACGAGCUAACAAGAAUAAAUCUCGGGGAUCCAGUAGUAGUCCAAAUAAGCGAACACCUUCUGAACGUACACGUUCUACGGGUCGCAGAGGCAAUGUGGUCCGUAAUACAAGGCGAAUACGAAGUUCCGAAGAAUCUUCACACAAUGAUGAAGAAGAGGAUGAUGACGACGGAGACAAUGACCAACCACGCGGAAGCCAACGCAGGGGUCGUAUCGGCCAAACUCGCACAAUCAGUGGUGCAGCGACAGCUAGUACUUCAAGUUCGAAUCGUGUCACUUCUUCUUCAUCGCACAGACGAACGAAUGCGUUAGAUGAUCCACAGCCAGGAACAUCACGUGCAUCCAGACGCAAAAAUCCCAGUCAAGAUUUAGAUCGCGAUGCGGAUGCAGAGGAAGAUGCAGAAGUUACAGCCUCAAGUACCGAUUCGGACGAGGAUGAUGAUGGUGAUGAGACCUCAAGUGCAGACUCAAUGAGUGACAACAGUGCAAGUGAAAAUUCCGAAGAAAGUUAUAGCCCAGAGAAAGAUCGAAAACUGAGAGGACGUAAAAGACAUCAUCAUAAGUCUGGUCGUAAAAGCAAUCAAUCAGGAGGAUCUAAACGUAGGCGACGUCAUCUUGAAAACGACACUGAUGAGGAUUUCGACGUCGGUAGACAUAAGAAACAUAAAAAGUCUGGUCGAAAAGGUCGAAAGCCCAAAAAUGGCACACGUAGAGGUGGCGGCAUCGUUUCCCAGAUUGAUGAAAGCACACAAGAUACACUUUCAAACACACCUAAGAAAAAAGGAAGGCCUCCAAAAACACCACGUAAUGAUGAUGGUCCAAGUACAAGUACUGCCUUAAUGCUUCAAAGUCCUUCGCGAAACACAAGAAACCAAAUAGUUUCACAAACUAACUCGAUUGGUGUUGGUGUUGGAGUUGGAGUUGGAAGACGUGCCACUGAAAAUGAUCACAGUUAUCACUUACCCGUGCGUAAUGGUCGCAUUAUUGAAUCCGAUACAGAUUCUCGUGAAGUCGCAGCUAGGCCCACUAGAGCUAGUGUUAAACGUGCCAUUAUGGAGUGGGCUCGAGGUAGCGACUUAGAAGACGGCGAUGGAACUGAAGAAGCCGAAGAGAUUUUGCCAACGCCUACGCCCACUAAAUCAAAUGGAACGCCAAGCAAUCGUGAAGAUAAUGGUCCUUCUUCCAAUCGUACUUCAGUUGCCACACUGAAUGUAGUCAGGCAAUUGCGAACCAAUCGCAAUACAAUAGUGGAGACACAGAAUGAUUCUGACAAUGAUAGUGACGACGAACCGCUAGCUUCAAGUCAAGGAUCUCAACACAGACAUCCACAGAGUACUAGCAAAACGUCAUUACCUCAUCCAACACACCUACAGCGACACGAAUCAUCACAAAAUGGAAAAUUAAGUGGCAGUAGUUCGUCCUUACUGCAUAUGACACGUUCUCAUGCCACAUCAACAACAUCGAAUAUAGCUACCUCGUCUUCUGCGGCACCGCCGACUGUUCACGAUCACAAUUAUAUAGGGGACCCAGGGCCUUCGACCUCCACUGCAGCUAAUAAUAGAAACUCAAGAAGGAUAUUCUCAAGACAUCCGCAAAAUUUCGAUGAAUCGGAUAGAAGCAUUCAUGGUGAGGAGAGUGCUAUGUUAUCGACUGCCGCAACACGUCUUAGACGUGGUCUACCUUCGUCUACAACAGUAGGACUUUCCUCUACGUUCCAAAGGGAAAGUACUAACACACUUCAAGCUACAGUACCCGUUAGAAGAGGUCGGUCUCGUUUCAGUCAAGAAAAUUCUCAAACAGAAGCCUCAGCAGACGAGAAUGGACCAGAAGUUAACGCUGCUGAAGAUGACGACGACAAUGAAGAAGGUGUUUCAGAUAUGGGUACAGGUGGUUCCACCGAGACCUCCGCAACUGACGAUGGCUCUGAUUCUGAAGACAAUCAGCCGUUAACUUCUUAUGUACCUAAACCGAAACGUGGUAGAAGGCCUGGCACCAAACGUCGGCUCUCCGAUGACUCUUUCAACGCUGACGAAGAGGACGACUAUAAUAAAGGACGUCAUGGUGGUCGUAAACGUGAUCCUGGCGGAGUAGGAGGUCGAAUUAGCAGUCGACGAAAUCAAAGAGGUUCUCGGAAUCAGAAACGACCACGCUACAAUGAACUAAGUGAUGAUGAUGAAAAUGCCACCGCCGCUAAUAAUCGAGGUAGAAAACAGCGCAAUGAACCGAUUUCUGUUGUUGGUAGUUCGGCUCUACACCACGACGAUCAAGAAGCGAGUACAAUGGACAGCGAUGAUGAUCAGUUAGUUAGUGUAAGCAGUAGAGGUCGCGUACGAAAAAUUACUGCCAAAGCGAGAGGGAUUUUUAAGGAGUAACUAUUUAUAAAACAUUCAACUACUCCUGCGACUGUAUCCAAAACAUAUACAUACAUAUAUAUUUUUAUUAAUACCGAUUCACAGAAUUCAUCCAAUUUUUAUUUAGUUUUUUAUGUUUAAUAUUUCUAGAAGUAGUAUUCAUUACCAUUUUGGAAAUCCCUCUUAAUCAUGAGUUUUCAUUUAAUAUAAGCUUCAUUUUUAAAAUACAUACAUAUAUUUUUUUUUUUGCUUUGUUUGUAGCGUAUUUGUAAAAUAUUUAAAAACUGCUUUUUUAUUUUAUUUACUUCUUUUUUUCUAUUAACUUACGCCUCGGUGUAUUUCAAUUAAAUAAAGAAACUUGGAAACAAACAUAAUACAUAUAUAUUUUUCUUAGUUUGUCAGUAAAAAGCAUCGUUACAAUACGAGUAGAUUUUCUUUUUAUAUCCUUAGAGUAUUUAAUUUGUUUCUAUAUUUUUCUGCUUCAGCCAUGUUUUAGGUUUUAUUUUAAUUUAAUUUCUUAUCGUUCCAACUUAAAUACAUAUACAUACAAUGCAUUCAAUUAUUUAUUGAGAUGUUAAAAUCAAACAAAAACAAACUACACAAUUCAUACUAAAUCUUUUAUGUACAUUUAUGUUUAAAAGUUUAAUUGAAAAAUAAAAAUAAAUAAAAAUUUAAAUUUA